AUGGCAUCGAUUGAAGAUAACGAACUUCCAAAAGCCAACAUCUCUAGAGUAUUAAAGAAUGCUCUUCCACCAGGAACAGCUUUACAAAAAGAAGCAAAAGUUGCGGUCAGUAAAGCAGCAACCGUAUUUAUCAACUACUUGAGUACCGUUGCAAACGACACUGCCAAAUCAGCAAAUCACAAAACGAUCAGUGCACCUGAUGUGUUCAAGGCAAUGGAAGUGUUAGAGUUUGAAGACUUGAUACCAUCGUUACGCGAAUCAUUUGCGGGUUAG